AUGAGUAGUUUACGUUAUCGAAGUUCGAUCAGAAGACCACAAUUAGAUGGUUAUACCUAUGAAAGAAGUCGAUCAGCAUCGGCAAUCCCUCAAGAUAUUCAUGUAACUUUUUACAACAAUAGUUAUCAAAGGGCAAAAACCUUGUAUUUAAAUAAAUAUAAUGCAAUGGAGAAGAUCAUUGAAGCAGCUCACGAACUGUUCCCAUCUGAUAGGAUUUAUCGAUUUUUUUCUGAUCGAACGCUUGGAGCCAGAAAUGAACUCACUGACUCUUAUCAAGUGAUGGAUUCUAUUCAGAACCCACAUCACAUCCUUCCUCAAUUGUUUAUCCGGUUAGAAGAAACAUCACGUCGUGCAAGUAUUCAUAACAAUCAAUAUGAAGUGAUACCAAUUAUUCGAACGCCUUCUCAAGUUUCUCAUCGACAUUCCGUUCGAUUCGACGAUAGAUCCCGUGCUCACAGCUCAGCCAGUAGCCACGCAAACUUCCACAUUUACUGCUGCCAUUGUCAUUUUCCGAUUCAUGGAAUCCGUUAUCAUUGUCUUGAAUGUCCGGACUACGAUAUUUGUGAAAACUGCGAGAAAGAUCUGGUUCAUUUUGAACAUGCUCUGAUUCGUAUUGUCAGUCCAAGAUACACUAGAAUUCCAGAUUAUGUCAUUUCCAAUGCUCCCAGUUAUGUUUUUCCAGAGGAUCGAUAUUAUGUGGAAAGAGCUAUUUAG